CCCAGCAGAAAGCGCGUCACUCCGCGAAAUGGAACAACUCAUCUACGCCAUCUUGCGAGACAGGCGUCAACUUCAGUCGAAUUUGGUGUAAAAUUUUGUUUCUAUCGAAGAGUUAUUGAAAUACUAAGUAGUGCCCGCAUUUUAUUCUGUGGAAAAAUGCAACCGUUUAUCCAAUAAUAUGUUCUGAUUGCCAUCGCCAUGUCGGAAAUCAAGCAAGUGAAAGUUGACAAUUGGGGAAUAUAUUUUCUACAGCGUUUGAAGCACUUCUUCAACCGCACCGACUAUUGUGACCUGACGCUACAAUUCCAGGACAAUGCUCAGCUCAAAGUACAUAGGCUUGUGCUCAGUGCCUGCACUGAGUAUUUUGAGCUUCUGGAGAGGACAUGUGAAAUGUAUGAAGAAUGCUUGGUAAUGCCAGACGACCUGCAGGCCGACGUAGUCGUGCCUAUUGUGAAUUUCAUGUACACAGGACAGCUGGAGUUCAGGAUGGACAUGCUCGAAAAAUUCUAUCAAACAUCACUUGUAAUGAACAUGCCUGUUUUAUCUAAACUGCUAGACGCUCACAGAAUGAGAGCUGCAGCUAAAAGAACAACAUCUCAAGGUUUCAUUAACAGUCAAAGACGUAACAGUAGAAUGGACUCUGUCAAACAAUUGAGGCACACUCCAUCCCCAUCCCACAUCACACCUGUUUCUCACAAGCGUUCUUACAGCAAUGCUUUCCAAAAUGCCAGUACUCCUAAAUCCAAAGUUAAAACUCUGUCUCCACAAGUACAGGUUUCACCGUCCGGAAGUAAAAGUCCUCAUAGAGCACUGUCACCAAUUGAAGUUAUACAAAAUAACAAAAGAAAACUAAAAGAACCACGGCCUACAAGGUACGAGUUACCAGAAGCAUUAGACACUGACAAUAUUUUUGAGAAUUCUUUUAGCAACAUUUCAUACACCUCAGCACCAUUGAUGGUGCACCCAGAAACUACUAAACAUUAUCCUUCCAAAAAAGAUUCACAACUUCAUAAAAAACUGAUGAAGACUGCUACCAUGGAGAUUGUUGAAUGUAAGAAAAUCAAAUCGGACACUCUUUUUGAGGAUGACGUAGCUGAAACAACUGUACGUGAUGAAUCAGAUAUGUUCCCAGCCAAUUUGAAUGAAUCUCCAAAAGAUACUAAUCAACUAUUUGACCAAAUGCUUGACAGCAAUGAAACUGCAAAAGUUGUUAUUGAAACAAAGGGUGAUAAACAAACAAGCAAUAUUGAUCAUGCCAAAAUUAUCAGUGAAGUGUUGAAGAAAUAUCCCCAUUUAGUAAAGUCUAACAAGAACAUUAAAUUGAAGAUAUUGAAUACACCAUCAUCAUCAAAAAUGAAAAAAGAUAAACUGUCAAGCUUUAUAAAAGAAAAAGAAGUAAAGCCCGAGCCACCAGACAGAGACUAUACUUAUGAAACUGAUGUAAUAGAUUCAAAGGAAGCUGCAAAACUUAUUGCAAUGGGUGCUGAAAAUAUAAAAGGCCCAUGGAUUUGUCUCAUAUGUGGAACUCCAGGACGAGCACUCCAUUUUACAUCUUAUUACAAAUUCCGCAGACAUCUUGUUGAAAUUCAUAAUGAGAAAUGUAUACCUACAAUUUGUGAAUACUGUGGUUUUAAGUCCUAUAAGAGAAACUUCAUGGUCCACCAUUGCUACACUAAACACGGGGUGCAACCACCACCACAUUUUAGUUUCCCUAAAUGCAAUUAUUGUGAUUUUGUUGCUGUCACUGAAGGAUACCUUGUGAAACAUAAAAUGGCACAACACAGUCAGGAAACUAAACAGUUCCGUUGUAAUGUUUGCAUUCAGAGUUUUCAUACCUAUAAUAAACUGCUCCAACACAUCCAGAAAACUGGCCACAAAUUUAGUGACAGGAAAGCAAAUCAACAAUGCAUAUAUUGUUUGAAAGUUUUCCAACGUGAAUCUAAUCUAAUUGCACAUUUAAAGACAAACCAUAAACUUGCAUCUAAGCGAGAUGGUAUUAUUGAGGACUCUGAUGAAGAAAAAGAAAAAUCUAAUGUGAAGCAGGAAGGUGUUUCAUAUGAUGAUGAAAGUGAAGAUGGUGAUGUUCACUACCAAAUACAACAAAGAUCUGAUGGGCUGCAUGUUAUCACUAAGAAAUCUAAUGCACCAUCUCUGACAAAUACAAAUAGACAAAAGAUUCUGAAUCCUGGUUUCAGAAAACCAUCUCCAGUACAACCACAGAAAACUAAGCCUGUCCGCACUGUUCAGACAAUGCACAAUGAGUUUUUGCAAGAUCAAUCAAUGUCAAAUCAUAACACUGUCAUAAAUAAUGAAAAUGUGAUAGAGAUAGAUAAUGUUGAAUAUGUAAUGAGAGAUAAUGAGCUAAUUCCUAGGAAAACUCGAAAUGAAUUCGUUAUCCCUGAUAUGAUCGAUCAAGAACAGUCAUAUGAUUCAAUCACACCUUCAACAUCUAUGGAAUUUGCUAAUAUUCAGAGUACAGAAAAUGCACAACAAAUAAAAAUGAUUGUUAAAAAAUCAAAUUCAAAUCAACCUAUUCAAAUAGUAGUGUCAAAUGAAGAAGAAUAUAAAGCUCUGAUGUCUUCUAAUCACUCUAUUAUAUUUGAUGAUGAUGAUACAAAUAAAACACUGACUAUGAUGACUGACUCUCAAAAUACAACAUUAGAUACCUCUGCCAUUGACUUAGAGAGUACUCAAUCUAAUGAUAUGAUGAUUAUUCAGGAUGAUUAUCCAUUGAAUGUUUCAGAAGCAGUACCUACAGAUAAUAACAUUGUAGUGGUCUAUAGCCAUGCGGUUGGUCAAAUUAGCGAUCCUAACAAGCAAUAUCAAAUAAUAACAUCUCAAGAUAUUGGGGCACAAUUCAUACAAUCAUCAGCAAUGAUUACACAAAAUUUUGAAACUGUGACUACUUCGACCCCAGUAAUGAGUGCAAAUGUAAUAAAUGCCGAAAUACAUGAGACUUGGCAAAAUGAUGAACAACCAAAUAUGGAGAACCAGCAUUUAGAUGUUACAUCAAAUGUAAAACUAGAAUCCAUGUCAACAAAUAAAGACGCGAGUGAAAGUCUCGAACAACUACCAGAAGUAGAGAUAAAUACUGUACAUAAAGAAACGCCAACCGAACCCAAAGUACAUGAGAGUGUUGUUCUUCAAUCAAACAUAAAUGUAGAGGAACUAAACCAAGAUGCUCCAGACCAAUCAGUUACCGAGAAUAGUGAAUCUGUAGCAGGUUUCGCUAUAACACCCAUGGAUACAGAUGAUCCUUGUUCCAUGACACCUAACAAAGAAGUUGUAUCUACUGAAUUUAUCAUAGCUAAGGAUGAAAUUGGUAUCACUCCCAUAUCCGAAAAUAAUCUCAUACAAGUACAGUCUGAACCAUCAAUGCCACAAACCAAUAUUGCAAGUCAAGAGGAACUCAGUGAAGCUCAAGAGCUUAUUGAAAAUCCAGAGGCACAUGAUAAACCUGUUGGGAAUAAUUGUGAUGAAUCUGAUGAGCAAAUGGUAGAAACACAACCGGAUGGUAUUACAACUAGUGUUUGUGAUUCUGAGGAAACAGUUACUAUAUCAAAAGAUGACAUUGCACAAACAUAUACUGGUAAUACUACUAAUCUUAAACCUGUAGUCAUAAAAGUUACUAAAGAGCAAAUACAAAGUUUGACUUCUGAAUGGUCUGAUGAUGAAUAUGAGGUUCCUGAAGAUUCAACAGUUUUGAAAGAAACUCCAACAUCAAUUACACAGAAAAUCACUUUGGAAGCAGAGCCCAAAGAAAUUGAAGAGUCAAUUGAAAAUAUUCAACAAGAAGUUGAUAAAUCUUUGACUCAAGCAGACGAAAGUAUGGAUUCAACUUUAAACGACAGUGCAUCAUCAGAAUUGAAAGAUGCUGAUGCAACAAUAAUACCACAAGAACCACCAGUGCCUGAAAAAUUGUCUUCUCUAUUGAAUGACUGGGAAGACAAUGAUUCUCAGGAUGAAAAUAAUGAGUCUGAAAAUGUUAUUGAAGGAGUUACUGAAAUGGCAAAUACUGAAGUAAUUAUUGCGCAAGCAGAGAAUGGAGAUGUGAUUGAAACUGAUGCAGAAACAAACUUAAUCGACAUGCCAUGUCAUGUUGCAGAAAAUGUAGAAGAGCUAGAACAGGAUGCAACUGCAGUUACGAAAAAAGAUGAUAAAAUUAAGAGUUUAGUCAGCGACUGGGAUGAUGAUGAGGAAGAAAAGGAAUAGUGUUAGUUAAGUUUUACUGUGGCACCAUUGCUUUUUACAAUUGGCUUAUAUGUUACUUGUAUAAUUUUAGGCAUUUAGCCAUGCUUCAGACCUUAAGAUAAGAUUUUGUUUUAAUAAGUGUGUUUGUGAACAAACCUAAUUUUAACUUCUUAAUUAGAACAUAAGUGUCUACAAUUUUUUUAAAAUCAUAUUAUGUAUAUCAUGGAAUUUUGUACAUGUCCCACACAGCCAAAUUUCAGAUAAUAUCUACAUAAAACCUACAACCACUGUGUGGUGAAAUAUAAAAAAAAAAGAGUUAUAUGUAUAUUACCUUUUGGUAGGCAAUGUAUAAGUUAUUGUGUUAUAUUCUCGUACUAUAUUUAUGGAAAAUUAAUCCAUAUCAUAAUUAAUGAAUAGAUGUGUAAAUAAACCUUUCAGAAAGUGGACAGUGGCAUUGUAUAAUCUGUGGUAUGUGAAGCUUUUUGGUUCAACAUCAAUAAGUUGUUGUGUGACUUUAAUGUCCGGUGUUCAAUUCGAAUGGUAAUUUAGAAUCGCCCUCCAAAUGGUAUCUGAAUUUUAUUUUAUUAGGGAAAUCUAAGCAAAAAUGCCUGCAUAUUGAAUAGAAUUAUGUCUUUAUUUAAAAUGUAAUAUGAUAACUAAUAUGUAAUGAAGUUAUCAAUGUUAAUAAAGAUACUACAUUCA